AUGGCUGAGGCUACCUUCCGGGGUACCAAUUUCGCCGCAGGAGGCCUUGCUCAUCACCACAACGUCGUCGUUCCCGUUCCAAAGCGCCGGCGCAUUCACUCCAACGACGAGCUUUCGCGCUGGGAGCCGACAGUUGCUGCCCCAUCCACGGACCCCUUUGAGGACUACAUUCCGAUGUUCUUCAUGGGGGAAGGUGUCAGCUGCGAAGACCAAGUCAUUGAUUUGGUCGAUGAGCGGUCGGGCAAACGUAAGAGAUACGCGUCGGACGAUCCAAUGAGCUGUUGGCGCCCUCACGCAGCCGAAUUUCUUCACGAACUCUUGCGCCACGAAGCUCUCGGCAACGACCAUCACCACCCUCAGUGCACGACCUGCGCCCGCCCGCUGUCCAAUGACGCGUCGUUGUACAAAUGUGAAGACUGUGGCACCUUCCUCCUCUGCCAGGAGUGCUGCUUGGAACGACACCAUGCACUCCCACUGCAUCGCGUCAUGCGCUGGACGGGCGACUUUUGGGAUAAGCAUACGUCUCUUACAGAGUUGGGCUUGGUGUAUCAAGUGGGGCACGGAGGACACGCGUGCCCCGCACCUCAAAGCACGGUGUACUCGAUGACCGUCAUCGCUCCCACCCACAUCUGCCGUCUUAAGAUUCGAUACUGCGCGUGUUCGCGGGGCGAUCGCGCAACUCAUGUCCAGCAACUACUCCGGGAAGGGUGGUACCCUGCCACUGUCAUCGAGCCCGCUACCUGCGCCACGUUCACCGCCCUCGAUCACUUCGCGCUGCUCACCACGGUCGCUACGACGAAUGUACGCGACUUCAUCUCGUCGCUGCAGCUCUCAGGGAAUGCGCUGCGCAUGAUACCGCUUGCAGAAUGCUAUCGCGCCUUCGGUGGGAUGUCGCGCCAAUGGACCUUCCUACAUCGCAUGAAACGAGCAGGUCGCGCUCAUGAUGAGCGAGGAAUCGCGGGAACCAGGCCAGGCGAGGCUGUGGUUCGGUGCUGGGCUUGCCCUCAGGACGGGGUGAACAUGCCCGUUGGUUGGCGCAACGACGAUCUGCAAUAUGUCCACAGCCUAUUCCUCUCCAUGGACGCCAACUUCCGCCUGAAGAACCGCUUCCGGAAGAACGCCCGACCCGACGCUCCUCUAGGUGGCGGAUCGGGUUGCUUCGUCGAGUCGCCGCUGUACAAGGAGCACCUCCGAGGGUACGUCAAUGAGGAGGAUGUGAGCUCUUGUAUAUCCUUCGCAGCACUCAUGGAGAAGGAUACGAAGAACACGGUCGGCUGCCGCGUGUCCGGAUGCGGCGCCUGCUCGUGCACACGCCACGAGACGCUACGCCCUAAUGGGCUGGGUGACUUACAGAAAGGAGAACGAUACGCCAACAUGGACUUCAUCUUUUGGUCUGCCAUCAAGAAUGAGAACGUCGCCAAGGUCCUGCUCACAUACGACAUCGGUUGCCAGUGGAAGAAGACGCUAUGGGAUCGCCUCAACAAACUUCCCCCGCUCCUUCAGCCUCACACGGACGAUGGCCGGCCGUGCCUCGACAUUGAGGUUCGGCUCCCUGUCUGGCACGGCAACGUGCACGACAUCGCCUGCCGCAGUGCGAACUCCGUACGCUAUGCGCGCGGAGCGGGGAAACCAGACGGCGAAGGCCCGGAGCGCAUCUGGGCCUCAAUGAACACCCUGGCUACGGCGACGAAGGAGAUGGGCGAGGGUGUGCGUGAUGGGGUAAUCGAGGGAUGGUCGGCGCAUCACAACUUGCAGAAGAACGUCGGGCAGCGGGUUGGGCUCGAACGCCGGCUUCAGCUCGCUUCUGUGCAAAGCCAGCAGCGUAAGGAGGAGCUGAAAGACAUCGAGGACGCGCUCGACACCCCCACGUUGUCUGCGUGGCGCAAGAUGUUUGAUGACUACGAGGGCAAUGAUCAACUCCCCAAUCCGUUCCUACCUCACGUAUCGGAUGAACCCUCCGAACAACGUGUGCGCGCGCAGCUUGUACGCGACGAGGCUGAUGAUGUACGAAUGGGCCGAACCCCGGUGCGCGCGACCGCAAAAGCCACGUUCAUUGUCCUCGGCCUUCAAUUGGAAGAGUCACAGUCCCAUAUCGCAGCAAUGGCUCAAGACAUCUCCAUUGCCGCUCUCGACCGUGACCGUCAAGUCCAAGAGCAACGAAUUGCAUGGUUCAAGCGACUUGCUCGCUACCGGGCGCUUCAAGAGCAUUUCAUGCCAGCCGCAGCUGCCAAGGCCCUUGCAGAUGAGCAGUCGCGGAACUCGGACGCGCUUCCCCCAGAAGCGGAGCAUGUCAAGUUAUGGCUCCCGUCAGACCUGACCCGCCAGGAGCGCGAGGAGGGCUGUGUAGAGGGGCUUGGGGAGGUCGAGGUACGCCUCCAUGUGGCGCAGUGUACUGAUGCCUUGAAGGACACCCGCAGCCGGCUACAUGCACGGCGCUUCCUCGUCAACGAGCGCAACGCACAUGGCUACGGCCAGCGAGACUCGACCCGCUCGCGAAAUGUCAUUGCUCGGCUUGAUGACCGGAUCGCACGACUGGCGAACAAAUAUCGUUCGGCGCGCUCUGCACUCCUUCGGCUCUCGUCAGCGGACGCCUAUCCCGCCUUCCGUGAACUCAAAGACAAUGAUCUCGUAAUCGACGACGACCGCGAGGCUGAUGGCGCAAGCACAGAGCGUCUCAAUGCACAAGGCCAACGAAGCAGCCGUGUAGUCGGCACGGCGCGCAAGACUGACAGCACUGCGCUGUCGGCUCGUGACCGAGCCAUUGCUGUCGUGCGGGGUGCCGAUUCGCGGCGCAACCUCACUUCCUGGAUUUGGACUGCGCUUGGGGGGCCGGAGGAGGACACUGAGGCGCAGGUACACGACGCUGUACGGGUUGAAUGGGCGAAGGCCCGCGCGCGCUCCGAGCGAUGGACUGAAGAGGUCAACAUACUCAAGGAGGAGAUGCGCCGCGUCCUUCGCUUCCUCCAGUGGCGUGCUGAUUGGUGGGACCACCGUGCCCUCUUCGAGGCAGCUCUUGACCCAGCAGGUCGUGCGGGCGUGCGCGCAUAUGCGUUACGUCAGGCCUACCUUGCGCGCCGCUUGCGAGCCAGCUUUCACGUGACAUGGUCGUCUGGCUCAGGCAAGACAGCGCUACUGGAGGGUGGGAUCAGCGACGACGAGUGUUCUUCCAAUACAUAG